AUGUGGACUUCAAAAAUUGAAUUUCACAAAGGAGUUAAGGUAACCAAGGGGGAUACUGUAGCUACAGUAGCUCUAAUAAAUACUGUAGAUCGUAAUUCUUCUGAUUGCCAUGUUUCAUUUGUUGAUUGGAAUUGGAAUGGUUGUUGAGAUGUUUAGGUGAGUGAAAAAUUCAGAUUUUAGCUUCAAAAUCACCGUAGUUUUGUUGAAUCAAUUGUUUUGCAGAGAAGUCGAAAUCACCUCAAAUCUUCAUUCAAAAAUGCCCGCCUACAAUUCGCCCAACACAAUUUUUCCCGCAAUUAUCGCGCCAUUCUUCAGCGCCACAAUUUUGGCGAUUUUCCCCAUUCUCACACCAUUUUACCUAUUGAUAAUCCCGAUUUUUGUGCUCGAAAUCAUCGAAGUCGCGCUGCACUUCUACGCGAUUUUUCUGAUUCGCGAAUGUCGCGACAAAUUCGCCUAUCAAUUUCAAUUCGCAAACGUUUUGAUUUCGCUUCCCGACACGGCAUUUUCGCGAAAAUCGCAGAAAAAUGAGGCGUUUUGGGUGUGUUGGUGGGAUUUGGAGCGGUGCUUUUUGGUGCAUCAGAUUUUGAUCGGAAUCGGCAUUUUGGUGGUGAUUGCGACUUUUUGUUUGAUUGGAUGGGUUGCGAGGUGAGCUUUGGAAGGAGUUUUGGGGAUCAGAAUCGGAAUUUUCAGGUUUUUUAGGCCCAGAAAGCUUCCGGGGUAAAUUUUCAGAAAUUUGUGGGGCUCAAGUCUUAGUGGGUCCAAAAAAUCCCGGUUUUUUGGUUCCAGGAAAAUUUUGGGCCUAUUUUUCUAUCGAUCAAGUAUUUCUUUUCCAAUUUUUCAGGAUCUACAAACCCGAAAAGCCACAAAAAGAAGAAGAAGAAGAAUCCACAACGGAAAUUUCAUAA